CACGGACGGCCGCGCACUUCAGGCUGGCGGCGGCCGGCGGAGCGGCGUCUCGGCCAACGGCCCCGGCAGGCGGCAGCAUGGAGGCCAGGCUGGAGGCGCACCGCGUGGUCAGCAUCUCGCUGGGCAAGAUGUUCUCCGCGCGCACGCAGCGCGGAGGCGGCAAGCUGCACAAGAACCUGCUGGUCUCGCUGGUACUGCGCAGUGCCCACCAGGUUUCCCUCAGCCAGCCGGGCCCCUCGGCCGCCCAGCCGCCCGCCGAGCCCGGCGCGGGGAACGCGACCCCCGGGCAGGCCGGAGAUCCCCGCAAGCGCGACGCGGCGGGGGGCGGCCACGCGGGCCACUCCGCGCCGCGCAAGAGGCCGCGCCGGCAGUUGCCCCUGACGGCGGCAGACGACGAGGACAUGGACACCGGCGCGGUGGCCCAGCUGGCCAGCGUCUUCGGCUCCAGCUUCUCGGGCCUCCUGCGGAAGAGCCCGGCGGGCGGCCGUGAGGAGGCGGUGGAGCCGCGAGCGCGGCGCGGGCUGCGCUCCUGGAGCUGGGCCGUCCUGGCCUGCUAGGGCCGCUGCCCGAGCCGCGGGCGCAGGCCUGAGGAUCUCCCCGUCGCGCGUUUCAAGUGGGGCGAAGCCGGGCCGGAAAAGGCGUUCGCUGGGAGGAUUCCAGUCCUGGGUGUAUAAAGGUUGGGGACACCGACGCGGUUUUGUAGUGUUUCUCCCUCGUGUUGGCUUUUUGUGUGAAGAUACAACUAUAUGUCUAACACAUAUUAAAUAGUUUGAAGCAA